AUUAUUAUUAAACUAAACGGGAUUUGGUCAGACUGCUUAGUAAUCUUCAACAAGCAAUUUACCUCUAAUUAUAACUGCUCUAAUAUCAAUUUAUACGGGACUGACAUUGUUUACUGUUUAUUCUGCUUAUCUCAAAGAGGGACUGGAAAAUGCCUGGCAGUUUCAAUGGUUGCUGUUUGACUUUAAGUGCUGUAUAAAUGACGGCUUGCGCACACUGUUGAGAGGGUGUGGCCCCGGCUCCAAAUUGAGUUGAGUAGUGAACUAAGCAUAACGCAGAGCAAAGGAGAAGAGGGCACACGCAAUCAGGAAUAUAUAGCAACUUUCAGGAAUUUAAGUUUGGACAUUUUGUGGGCAAAGCAGUCUGACCAGUUUUAAGAUGAAUAAUCAGGUCCCGGUUUCUCCAGUCUACGAUAACAUUGGGUUUCGACAUGACGAUGAAAGACCCCCUCCAUACUCCCCAGCUCAGAAUCUGUACCCUCCUAUCCCACGUAGUACUGUCCCACACAGCACUCCACAGUAUGUUCCCACCAAUCCUUACACCAUCAACACUCACCAGACUUCUAUACUAGAAGUACCCCAGGCACAAAGGAAAGGUAUAAAAUGCCACUGGAAGUACAUCUUAUGUACAUCAAUGUGUGUGUUUAUAAUCGCAGCAGCUGUUUCCCUCUUACUUUGGUACUUUUUGUAUUACCAAUGUAUCUCAGGGAGGUCUUGUGGCGGGAAGUGCCUAAGCCUCUCACAGUGGUGCGAUGGCGUAAAGGACUGCCCUGAUGAAGAAGACGAGAACCAGUGUUUCCGAUUUCGAGGCUCCAACUUCCUGCUGGAAAGUUACUCAUCAGCCAGUGGGUCAUGGCUCCCAGUUUGUGCCGAUAACUUUGACAAUAGUCACGGGAAGGCAGUGUGUGAACAGAUGGGCUAUGAGAGGGCGGAUUAUGGGAGUUUCACCCAAACCAGUGCCUUUUCUGCUUCAGGAUACCUGAGGCUGAACCUGACCAUUAAUAAUGGUGCACGAAUGCAAGCACAGCUCCAUCAUAGUUAUACCUGUUCAUCCAGAGCUGUUGCACUCACUUGUAUUGGCUGUGGAGUGAGCUCGGCUGCACCCAGUUCUCGUAUUGUGGGUGGCACUGAGGCGGUGAACGGGGCGUGGCCGUGGCAGGUCAGUCUGCAGAUCAGAGGACAGCAUGUGUGUGGAGGCUCCAUCAUUAGCUCCAUGUGGAUCCUGUCAGCGGCGCACUGCUUUUACUCAUAUAAUCGAGCAUCCAUGUGGCGGGUACAAUACGGUGAUAUCAGCUUAUCCCAGAUGAAUAGUUAUCACACACCCAAGUCCGUGGAAAAAAUCGUCAGCCAUGAAAACUAUAACCCGGAUACCAAUGACAAUGACAUUGCUCUUCUGAAGCUGAGUUCACCUUUGACCUUUUCAUCCAGAGUUAAACCAGUGUGUCUGCCCAACAUCGGGGUAAAUCUGUCACCAGUGCGACAAGCCUGGAUCACAGGAUGGGGAGCACUGCGGUCAUCGGGAUCGGCUCCUGACAUAAUGAACCAGGCUGAGGUGACUAUUUACCAUAGAGAAACCUGUAACAGACCCUCUGUACUGGAUGGGGCUGUUACAAAAACAAUGAUCUGUGCUGGGAAACUGUCGGGAGGAGUGGAUUCGUGCCAGGGAGACAGUGGGGGCCCUCUGGUGGUCAAGCAGGAAGGUGUAUGGUGGCUGGCUGGGGACACGAGCUGGGGCAUUGGCUGUGCUUGGAAAAACAGACCGGGAGUCUAUGGCAAUGUCUCCUAUUUUAUUAACUGGGUUCAUGAACAAAUGCAGAAUAAGUAAUGGCUUUCACAAAUAAGCGUCACACCUGCACUUUCAAAUAAAUACCUUGAAGAUUAUCUUUUUGUCUCAUCAAUCGUAUAAAAACACAUUCAAUGUAUUUUGUAAACAUUUUUCUUUUUACACAGAUUAUGUAUUUAUUUUUCCCAAUAAACAGAAAUCACAAAGAAAA